AUGCCCCGCGCCCCACGAUCCUCGGCCGCUGACACUAAGAAGCUCCGUAGCGGGCCUCUUCUCGACGAUCUAAAGGCUGAUGCAGAGGCAGGCGUAUCGAAGGUCCCCCGCGAGAAGAAGGGCCGUCAUAGAGCCAGUGGUGGACCAGACGAGGGUAUGGAGGCGGUCCCGUCGAAGAUCACUGAACGUAUUCUCAAGGCUGCACAGCAACAGCAAUUGGAGGAGGCAGAGGAUGGCGAUGCUAGAACCCCCGAGGUCGAAGAGGGUGAAGUUGAAGUUGAUGCUGAAGGCCGUGUUCGAAUUGGAGCUGAAGUGACAGAAGCAGAUGAGGCCGCCCAGGCUCAGUUCAGAACGACCAAUGAGGAGCCCAAGAGACUGACGCUUGCUGACAUCAUAGAACAGAAGCUGCGAGAACGAGAGGCUGGCUCGGGUGGUGGAGUGUCGAAGGUCCAGUCAAAUGAAGAGGAUGCCAGUGAGGCCAUUAACCCACAGGUUGUGAGAGUGUACUCAGAUAUUGGUAAAUGGCUGAGUACGUAUAAGUCUGGUAAGAUACCCAAGGCUUUCAAGAUCAUCCCGAGCCUCAUCAACUGGGAGGAGGUAUUGUUCAUAACGAAUCCUGUCGAAUGGACUCCUGCUGCUACUCGAGAGGCCACUAAGAUAUUCGUCUCUAGUCUCAGCCCAAAGCAAGCUCAGAGAUACCUUAAUUUGGUACUCCUACCGGCUGUUCGAGAGGACAUAGCGGUAAAUAAGAAACUCAAUUUCCACUACUAUGAGGCCCUCAAGGUGGGCAGCUCUCCUCCUCAACUGCUCAUUANNNNUCAACAGUACAACGUUUCCCACCGCCGUGACGGAUGCAGUACCUAA